AUGAUUUAAAACUAGCAUAUUGCUAUUGAUUUUUAAUAGGAUUCCUUUUGGAAAGAAUUAGUGUAAGAAUUCUAAGCCCAAAUUUCAAGAAGACUUCUGACUAAGGAUGUUUUAUUAAAAUUUACAAAUAUCAAAGAAAUAGUUUAUAUAAUUGAUGGAAGCAUAAUUAGAAUGUAAGAUCUUAAUUUAUCUAUCAAGCGAUUAAAUCUCAGAUACUAAAAAAAUGCUGCAGAUAAUGUAAAACUUAGAAUAAAUCAAAUAUCUUAAAUGGAUGGGAAAUUAUGGGUAGAAAUUGGAAAAUGGUACAUUAUUUGGAGAGGCUGCAAUCAAGAUAUGGGAGGAUGCUAUUGUGAUGAAGGAAGAAAGUAGGGAAUAUGGAAGGAAAUUCUUAUCAAUUAUAACAAGUUGUAUUAAAGAUAUCAAUAGCUAAGUAUAAGUUUAUGAGUUUGGUCUCUUCAACGGAGAUUUGAGAUAGGGUGUUUGGAAGAUAAUUCACAAUGAUUAAGCGAUGUAUCUAAAUUUAGAUUUCAUAGUGGUGAGGGAUCAUAUGAUUUAAAGGGAAAUAAGAUUGGUUAAUGGCAGGAACUUCAUUAAUAUUGGGAAAAGUACUCAAAUAAUCUAUGAUUAGGGAUUCAAGAGAGAUUAUAUUCAAAGGUGAAUAUAAAAAUGGCCAAAAGUUUGGAAGAUGGGAUACUGUUGAUGUUGGAUUAAAACAAAAUAAAGUUAUGUAUUGUGUUAUCAUAAAAAAAAUAAGUGGUGGGUGAACUUAUGAUUAGGGUGGAUUGAAAAGUGGAAAAUGGGUCGAAUUAUAUGAUUUAUGGGAUCAGUUAAAAUUAUAUGAUAUUUAAUAGUUAUAGGUCAGUUACAUAUCAUGGUGAAUAUAAAAAUGGUGAAAGAUUUAGUAGCUGGACAAUUAAGGAUAGGGAAGAUUAAAAAAUGUACUUUAAUUGGUCUAUUAUUAUUUUAGUGGUGGAGGAUCAUAUACAGAAAAGGGAAUCAAGAAUGGGGAAUGGAUUGAAAUAUGUGCUGAAUGGAGGUAAUUAUGAAAAUAAGUAUUGAGAUCUGUUUGUUAAAUUAAUUUUAAAGGUGUGUAUAAAAAUGGGAAAAAAAUUGGAUUUUGGGAUACUCUUUAAUAUGGAGAUUAAAAAAUGUACGUUUGCUGUAAUAAAAUAUUAGUGGAGGUGGAAAAUAUAAUGAUAAUGGCUUAAAGGAUGGUAAAUGGAUAGAGUUGCAUGAUGAAUGGCAGCAGUACAGAACCCAUAAUAAUAUAAAUUAGUUGGGAUAGAGAAGUUACUUUUGAGGGAGAAUAUUUGUAAGGGAAAAAAAUUGGAAAAUGGAAUACUAUACUGAAUGGAAAAUAAAAUAUGUUAAAUUGUUAUAUCUUAUAGAAAAAACUUUAGUGGAGGGGGAUAAUACGAUUAGGAUGGAUUAAAGAGUGGUUAAUGGGUGGAUUUAUGUGAUGGUUGGGAAGGGUAAAUCUUAAAGCUUAAAUUUUAUAGCAAUGGUGCAAAUUCGGUGUAAUUUACAUAUAAUGGAGAAUAUUUAAAAGGGAAAAAAGUUGGCAGAUGGGAUACGUUUGAAAAAAACUAGAAAUUAAUGUACUUAACUCUAAUAUUACCUGUAUAAAUAUAUUAGUGGAGGUGGUUGAUAUGA